UAUUAGGAUGCUGUAGAAGCAUCCGAAAAAUUAGUUAGGUCUGAGAAGACGACUAGAAUGAGCAUGCAUCAUGAUUGUCGCAUUAUAAUUGUCUCUUGUGCCUCAACAUGCUUCUCUCACCUUUAUUCCAAUAAUAAUAACUUGUGAAUAAUGUGAUGUACUGGGUUAGGAGCUAUAAGAAGUGCCUUGUCCUGUGUGUCAUGAUAGUCUUGACUUGGUCGUGAUAUGUGUUUCUCUUGCCUUGCUUUCUAGAAGGUACGAUAGUUGUUCAGUCCAUUUUGCCUCUAACAAAAAAAAUGUUGUCUGUCCUGCUCAUGAAAAGACCCCCUUCCCCAAAUAAUCUAGUGGUUCCCUAGUGAAACCUUUUAAAAAAAAUCAAAUCACGUGCUUGUUUUGGUGUUUCUAGCCCUUGUGUGUUUGACACUUGAAAUUGCACUUGCACAACUUAUAGACACUCAUAGCUUGACCGCUUGCCAAACCGAAACUUCCUUGUGCACGUGGUUUUGUCAAAAAAAAUCGUUUGGUGUCUAGUUGCGCAAACCAUGACCAAGCCAUGUUUCUUUCCAUAAGUCCUUGCCCCAAAAACUUCCUAGCAUAUCUGCUGAUCAUCCUAGCUGAUCCUGCUUGAUGACCUCUCUUUUUCACCUAUAUCUAGAAAUCUUUUCCUUUGUGAAUCAUGUUGUGGCUUAUCAUCCGAAUCUCUGGAUCCCUUAAUAAUUCUGCCUCGUUAUCUGGUUAUCUGUUGUAACCCGUUCUCAAGUAUCGGAUGUUGAUCUUGCCUAAAUCUCUCAUUCUAAUCAUUCUCAUACUCUUUCUCCAAGGAUCAUGAUGUCAUUUUAUCAACUUAUCUCUAAUCAGUGUAUCCAUUUAGUUCAAUGGAUUUCAUUGUUGUCCUUGGUUCUCUCAUGGCUCUAAAAGCUCAAUAAUCUAUUUUGAUCUCAUGGUCGGUUCAUCCUCAUAUCAAAUCUCGUGCUAAUAUCUGAUCUGAUAAUCUCCAUGUUGAUCAUAAAAUGGUUCUCUGAGUUAAAUAAAAAUUCUCAUCUGAUGCUCUUUUGCCAACAAUCUUUGCUUCAACUUCAGUCACAUUUUCUGAGCCAUACUCUCAUGGGCUCCAUCUAAUUAUGCCAAGUGAAUUUUUCAUUGGUUACGUUUGGUAAUGGUGUCAUGACUAACGACUGAUGGUGCCGCGACAAAACCGAGAGCCUACUAUGGUGCACACAUGGUUGAGCUGCUCGGCACGCGCUGGUAUCAUGGUUAAUAGUUGUGAUCCAUUACGAGGCUAUACCGAUGUGCUAUCUUUUGUGGACACUCUCUCAGAAGGAUCGCUGCAUUUUGUCUCAAUAUGUCGCGAUAUUCUAUCCAAAUCAAUCUUCCGUAUCUCGUAAGAUACCCUCUCAUGAAUUUGCAUCUAUCUUCAGCCCGAGAGUUACAUGCUUCUUCACCCUUGAAGAUCCUUGUCUGAAUCUCGGGACGAGAUUCUUUUUAAGGGGGAAGGCUGUGACACCCCAGGUGUCUAUUUCGGGUUAUGUCGAAAGAUUUAUCCUAAUCUCGGAUGCUCAGUGAAAAUUUCUAUUUCUCGAUCGUGUCUAUCUCUGUCUAUCAGGCUUUCUCAUGGAAGUUCACCGAAUUCAGAGUAAUCGAUCGUGAGAAACAACCAAUUUUGGAGCGUGUUAAAACUUUUAAUUCUCGGAACUAAUGCAAACUCGAUAGUCAACCUCGAAUUAUAAAUCUCAUCUGAAGCUCUUUAAAUCAAACUCUCGACGACUGUUAUCUGAUCUGAGCCCAAGUCUAAUUCCUCGAACCUCGAUCGAUGUCCGACUAUUUUAAUCCGGGUCCGUACUCUCAGACAGAAUACUCAGUAUAUCAUCCUCUAAUAAAUUCUUACUCGACUCAGCCUAGUAUCUUUGUGUCUAAACCGAAUUCAAAACCCACUCCGGCAGCGAUUUUAAAAUGUCACGAUUCGCCUUCUCCGACUAAAAAUCCAAAGCCGAUCAAAAUUUGAGAGAAACAUUUAUUUCUAAAAUAGUGCGCGAGAAAAUUUCAAAAGCGGAAUCUCCAAUGGGUUGUCCUCAAAUAAAUUCUUAUCCGAUUCGUCUUAAUAUCUCGGUAUCCAAUCCGAUUUUAAAAAUCAGCAUCGGCGAUGAUUUUAAAUGUCGCGAAUUGUCUCUUUCAAUCCUAAAUCCGAAAGCCGGUCAUAUUUCGAGGUGAUUUAUUUUCGAAUUAUGCGUAGUGAAUUAUUUUCGAGCGAAAUCAAAUUAGACUCUCGGCCGAACUAAUCGCUCAAUCGUCCAUUCGUCCGAAUUUUAUUUCACUCUAUUCUCCGUAGAGACGAAACCCGCAGGAGCAUUUUUAUUUCGGAAAUAAUUUAGCGCAGCCCAAUAGAGUAUUUUGGGCCAAGCCCAUUCCAUCCUAAUAGGCCCACUAAGGGAACCCUAACCCUAAGAUUUCCUCUAUAAAUAUGGGCUUCCCUCCCUUGCAUUCUGAAAUUUUACAUCUCCUACCCCUAGCCGUCACAACACCUUCUCCCUUCCUCCUUUCAGCCAACGUGCUGCUCCAGCCGGUCUUCUUCUUCCCUCUGCUGUCCAUGGCAUGCAGCAAGCUGGGAGCUCUCUCCUUCUCCCAUGGCGCAGCGUCUCCCUCCCCCAAGCUCUAGCGCGCACACGGCAGCAGCAACCAGCAGAUUUUCCUCCCUCUGCUGUCCAUGGCGAGCAGCAGCCCACACCAUCUUCCCAUGGAAACCAGCAGCGCGCAGGAGGGCGGCAAGGCUGGACCGACGCCCCUCUGUUGCAGCCAUGGCACCUCCCUCCCUCUCUGCUCGUGUGCAGGAAACCCCCUUAAGCGCAGGGAACCUCGGCCCUCCCAUGGCUGUCGACCACCUCUGCCCCCUUGCUGUCCCACCCCUUCUCCCUCAAACCAGCGCCCCCCCUGCUCGCGUCAAGGGUGGCCAGCUCCCUGCUGUGGCCGACCAUGGCUGCCCAGCAGCAGGAGACUUUCUCCCCUCGGCUCCCCCAUCCGAGCACCCAAACAGUGCCCCUCCCUGCUCCAUUUUUGCUGUUCCUGCGCCCUCCUCUGCCCACAGCGGUGAACCCCUCCUCGCUGUUCGUCGUGGUGCCUGCCGGCUGUUCGUCAAAAUGCGCAGCAAGCCGCGCGCUGCCGGCUCGCUGUUUCGUGAAGCCCAGUGGACAGCACGCCGUCGACGCUCACCGUGGUUUGCUGUUUUUGCGCAGCCCCUUUGUCGUCGUCGUUCACCCCCGGUGAGACCGCGACGAUUUAUGUUCGAUUCCGCAUCGGGUUAUUUUCCUAUGAUUAAUUGCGUAUGUGCUGUUUGGUUUUUGUUUUGUGGAGGAGAGGAACCCUGCGUUUUGCGAGAAGAAGGCCAAUCAUUCAACGCUCGUCGGAUGUUUGGAGCGAUGCACAAAUCAGAAUCACCGUCAUUCUUGCAAACACCGUUUGGGUUUGUUUAUGGACCGAGAGAUGGUGAUCGUGCACGUGAUAUGGUGCCAACCACAAGAUGCAGUUGGUGGACGACCUGAAGAAUGGUGGACUUACCCAGUAGAUGCUCGCCAAACGAGUACCUCCCCCAACAAACACUACCUAAGUGUUAAAUUAAAGGCAAGCCCCGGUUUUAUGCAUAACUGUUAUAUAUGAUAUUUUACUACACUUAAUGUUUGUAGGCUUGUAUUGUGCACUUAAGUGUAGGAGUUGAUUUAAACCCUAGUUGCAUGAUCUCAGGAAUCCUAUUGAGAUGAAUACUAGUAUGCUAGGUCGAGUAGCUGCUUUAUUAAUUAGGAUCUCGGUAGAAGUCGAGUGAUUUUUCUAGCACUCACGCGAGGUCAGGAAUUGAUUGUAUCCACUUUGAUGACAAAAUGGUGAUGGUCUGUGGACACGGGUCCAUGGGGACACGUGGUCUAUGAGAUGAAAUUGGAAUAAGGAUUAACGUGCGGAUACCUGUGUCAAGCGUUUGAACGUACUAAACACAUACCGAGAAAUAUGGUAAAUCGGUAAGCCUAGUACCUGAGUGAACCUGCCCGCAGACAUAUCCCCUCACGCGACCUGAGACGAGGUCUCCCAUUCCGGUUAUGGUGGGUACAAGUGCGGUCACUGCACGACGGCCAGUCGGGGUCAGUGGGGCAUUGUACGCCAAGGCGGUGAGCCCUGAUCUGUUGCCAGGGAAUCGAUGGGGACGGUUGAUGUGUGUGGGGACGGAGUGCCCCUGCAUGUCGUGUGUUUAGGUUUACCUUGCAAGGAUAAAAACUCGAUUCGAAUCGUCUGCUUCUCGCAGCUAAUGAGACUGCUUGAUCCAUUGUACUGCAUUGAGUAAUAAGUGAAAGUAUGAUGAGAUGAGAUAAGAUGUUGACUGCUAAUAAUGCUUGCUACCAUGUAUGAGUAGAUAGUUCACUUUUAGCCUUAAGAGAGUCACACUUAACUUUGACUAAGUUAAAAUCUUGAUUUAGAAACUCAGCUAGCGCUUUUGGCAACCAAACCCCACAGCCAAACAGCUGCAUGUCUAGAGGUAGAGGAGUAGACUCCUCACACCGGGUAAGUCUAGCUGAGUAUUAGUAUACUCAGCCUUCCUUGUGGCACAAUUUUUGCAGGUAUUCAUUGAUUUGGUUGAUGGUGUGACUUGGCCUCCAUCCCUGCCACCGGGAUAGAUGGUCGAGUGGGUUACUGCUUCCGCAGGAGAGGACCAGGAGGAGUAGUGUGGCCAGGCUUCGCCAUGUUACUCGGUUUUCUCCGUUAGUUAUUUCCGCUGCAUUAAAAUUUAUGGUUAUUAUUUCUGAAACUCCGAUAAUGUAAUCACUAAUGAUACUUAUUAAAUUUGUGGUAUUA